GUAGGUGAAACAUCUCUGGAAACGUCCAUCAUCCAAAGCUUAUGGGUGUAAAUCUGGGAUUUGUUUGACGAAGACGAAGAGACUAUCAUAGAUCGAAACAUCUUAAAGCAUUUGUACAACGCUAAUCUCCUCCAUCGCAAUAGGUGGGCAUGGCCUCGCACCCUUCUGACUGGCCAAUUAUGGGCGAGCUGCGUUUCUUCAACUCCACACCGCCGGUGCGUCAUCCUUUUACAACCGGCAAACGGGCCAAGCGUAGCGGCGCGUGAAAGGGAUCUCAGCGGACCGAAAGUAAUACAGCGAUGACAGUAAGACCUGCUCAGGCGAUUAAGAGUGAAACACUGAGCUUUUAAACUAAGACGAACCUGGACUGGAUUUGAGCCACGCGAUUGUCUCCAUACAUACGCUAAUAAUGAACGCAUGACUGUGUGCACUCCACUCAGACUCAAGACAUUUUAAUGAAGGGACGUCGCUCUCCUCACUGUUCAUGGCAUAAUGAUUCAUCGAGGACUUCUCCACCCUUGACCUCCUUAAUAGAAAGUAAAGAUGCAACUUUUCAGAGCGCUUAUUAUCAAUCACAGCGUGGUCGCAUCCUAGAUAUCAUCUGUUGCUGCAGCCGCUUUAAUUAAAAGCCCGAGCAGAUCACAAAGCUCUUCAAACCACUGAGUGCAUUUAAUCUGGACAGACUGCUGCCGUGAAUGUGCUUGGUGGAUUCCAUUAACAGCUCAUAUUGUCAUUUUAUCAGGGAAAAUGGAAUGUCUAAUUUUGUAUAAUCGAAGAUCGUUUCUACUUGUCGGUUUCUGAGAGCUGUCAAUUCGAGAUGCCGUGUUUCUUCGUUUGCCGGUUCACUGUUCUCACACUGAAGUAGACAUUUCGGAUCGGGUGACGGAUAGUGUGGACGCCGCGGAGUCACGCUUUCAACGAAUUUAGUACUGUGGAGGAUGAUGGUGGAGGAAGAGGAGCUGGAUACGCGUGCACUUGACCUGGAUGCGGACUUGGAGCCGCGCAGCCGCCCGCGCUCGUGCACCUGGCCGCCGCCGUGUCCCGAGGACUUCCCCACGGCAUCAGAGCUCAGUGGAGCUCCUUGUCCACUGAUAAAGACAGAAGCCGAGAUCGGGCCGCCGUGUAGAUCAGGGCGGAAGAGUGUGAACCCCGCCGAGGUGAAGCGCGAAGCCGGAGUCGCGCCGUUGCCGUGUCUAAGCGGCGCUGCGCUCGAUGUCGCCGGGCAGCUGCGCAAAGCCAAGUCCUCAAGACGCAACGCAUGGGGGAACCUGUCAUACGCGGACCUGAUCACCCGCGCCAUUGAGAGCACGCCCGAGAAAAGGCUCACCCUGUCGCAGAUAUACGAUUGGAUGGUUCGAUACGUACCUUAUUUCAAAGAUAAAGGAGACAGCAACAGCUCGGCUGGAUGGAAGAACUCCAUACGCCACAAUCUGUCACUUCACACCCGCUUCAUCAGGGUGCAGAAUGAAGGCACAGGGAAGAGCUCCUGGUGGAUGCUGAAUCCAGAAGGGAGUAAGGCUGGGAAAGCUCCCCGGCGACGGGCCGUCUCCAUGGACAGCAGCACCAAGUACCUGAAGUGCAAAGGCCGGGUAAACCGCAAGAAGGUGGUAGGCAGAGCAGUGGUUGGUACAGUGGGGCAGGGAUUUCAUGGCUCCCCAGAGCAGACUAGUCCAACAGGGAAACCUGUCACAGGAGCAACAGGUGUUGGGGAGGAGUUUGAGGCAUGGACUGAUCUGCACUCUCGGACUAGCUCUGCAGCCUCCACACUAAGUCUGUCACCCAUUAUGGCAGGGGAGGAGUUAGAAAACCCAGAGGAUGGUAGGUUGUCCUGCUCUACUUCCCCACACAUCUAUCCCAGUCCCUCCAGCACUCGCUCACCUGUGGCACAUUGCCCACCUGUGGAACUGCCACAGCUAGCGGACCUCACCGGAGCCAUCAGCUUAGAAGAAGGUUACCACCACCAACAGCCCCCAUGUCACAAGCGUCCUCCCUACCACUACAGCAGUGGGUCAAAAGUUCAGGGCUCCUACAGUAGCCCAGCCUAUGGACAAGCUGGCAUGAGCAUGCUGUGCCACCAAACACCAUUGCAGACCAUCCAGGAAAAUAAGGCCUCAAGCUUUUCUGGCAACAUGCAGACUUACUCAGGCACAAACACCUUGCAGAGUCUACUUACUGGCUCACAGUACUGUGCUAAGGACAUGAUACUUGGCCAGGAGCAUGAGCCCAUGAUAGUUCCUUCCAGCAGCAGAGUGGGCAACUGUCAUAACUCUGGCCACACACACAAUGGCACACAUGAUCAUAACCCUGCUCAUAGCCACAACAGCACCCACAGUCUCAACCAAUCACACAGCCACAGCUCUGGUUCAAGCAUAGCCAAUAACCCCACUCAUAGCCAUAGUAUGAAUCACACCAUGAGCCACAGCCUGGGCCAGAACCAUCAGACUCAAAGCCAUGCUGUUCAUGCUCAACCCAUCAGUGGCCACAUGCAGUCAUACAGCCAUAAAACCCCAUAUCUGUACAGCCCUCCAGCCCAUGCACACCUACCUGCCUCAACCACACUGCCACCAAACCCUGCUGGCAUGCAGGGCAUCUCUCAGGACUCCUGCCACCUAGCCACUGCACCACACCCUCACCCCCGGUACAGUGCCACAUACCCAGGCCCACACCAGCAGGCAAUGGCUGAUGGACCAUACCAUCAAGCUCAGGGAUUGGGGGGGGUAGGCAGUGGUUACCAAGGGUACCACCACCCCCAUCACGGCUACCCUCAUGAGCGGUUACCAGCAGACCUAGAUCUGGACAUUUUCCAUGGCAGCCUGGACUGUGAUGUUGAGUCUGUUCUCCUCCAUGACAUGUUGGACUCAACAGAGGAGAUGGAUUUUAAUUUUGACUGUUCUAUGGCACAAGGAAUGGGUGUUGGGAUGGGCAUGGGCAUGAGCAUGGGGCUCACAGGCCCACAACAGAGCCACAGUAACCAGAGUUGGGUGCCUGGCUAAUGUACCAUGCUUUCCUACGGACAAUAUAAGAGAUCAAACUACCUUUAGGCCUGCUUACAGCGGGACGCACCGCUUCCUUUCCAGGGAGAUGCACUGUGCGUGACAAAAAUUAAAAACCAUAGUUUCUAAGUUCUGACUUACUCAGCCUGCUCAUCUCUGUGUUUUUUUUUCCUGAAAUGGCCCUCUGUUAGACUCUUUCUGCUUAACAUUAACCCUUUGCUCUUGCCGAAUGAACCGUGAUGACAAUCUCAACUGUGUUACCCAACAUUGCCUUUUUCUCCAGUCAAAUCUAAAUGCUUGAGCACUUUAACUGCGUAAAACAAAUCCAUUUCUUACUCUCACAAUGGUGAGUUAGCACCUGGAUGGCAGGAGCUGUGGCUGGCUUUUUUAUACCCUUAUGGGGCCAGUAUGCAGACAAAUUAAACAGAAUUAAAUUAAACUGAAAAAUCCAAAAAUUUCAGCAGGGUACAAAUUCUGACAGUCACAUUUCUGAACGACCUUAUUAACAUUACUUCUUUUGGAAUAAAAACAUGAAGGCAGCGAUUCCUGCUUUCUCCCCCUCUUUCUCCAUCUAAUUCUCUCAGCGAGAGAUGAUGUUAGAACUCACUCACCUUCUUUUCUCACUGAUAGGUUCAGCUCCCCUGCCAGCCUAGACUGGCCCAUCAUCCUUCAUUGGCCCAUUAACGGCUUGAUUGAAAUUCAGUGUCUUGUUUUUAAUCUCCAAAGUGAUGCUGCAGUGAUGCAUCAUUAUUGCAGAUUGAAUACACCCCCCUUACAUCACUAGACCUCUCUUCCAUCUCUCACAUAUGUUGAGUGAUGGGCAUGAUUAACACAGUCAUCCAGCACACAGCGAGUCAGUAGAACUGUCUGUUUGUCCGGAAUAGGACACACACUCACACAGAAAAUUAUUUGUAAUAGAAAGAGCAAGGCAUUAGUUAUUAUUUUCGUUUAUGAAAUUGUUAGAAUCCCAUUAUGGCAGUUUGGUCUCUCUUGUGCAUUGCAAAAAUGGGAAGUGUUGUAUUGUAAUUCCAUGUGAUGUUUAAUUUUGAGGUGCUAUGAGAUAGACAUACAUUCAUUUUUUAGCAUUAUUUUGAUUUCCUAUGUCCGUAAUCAAAGAUUCAAAAGACAAAAAAAAAAAUCAGGUAAACCUCAACAUAGCCUAGGAUUUUGCCUUAUUUUAUGUGUAAAAAAUGGAAAUGGAAAACAUUAAAAUGGAAAAGGGCUUGCAGUGAUUUGUGGCAGUGGAUAUGUCAGUGAAAGGACCAUUCUCUCUAUAAUGACUCCUCUUUUCCUCUCUCCUUCUGUGUGUGUGUGUGUGUGUGUGUGUGUGUGUGUGUGUGUGUGUGUGUGUGUGUGUGUGUGUGUGAUCUCUAUAGCUACAGUCCCAUGCUCCUUCUAAACUUGCUCCUUUCCUCCUUAAGCACGGCUGUGCUCCAUAAAGCAGCCGGGAGGGAAAUGGGGCGCGUCAUUAUGGCAAAAGGUCAAGGAUAACUUACUCCAUCAACCCUUGCACUCAAAUAAAGCUACUCAGCUGGCACGGUUUUGUGACGCUAAUCCAUGACCCAGUGGGAUAUCCUCAGUACAGUUUUUGUUAUCAUUAUUUAAUGUUUGCCCCAGUCCUCUGAUAUGUCAGACUGCACACUGCUUUCUCUGCUUUGCCUAUUAACCAUAAUCUUGUGCAAGCUGUCACUGCAGUACCAGCCACCUUGACUCAUCAGACAUGCUUAAAAGAAGCCGUGUUAAUGCAGAUAUCAGAAUAGUAAGCUCUAAUAUUAAAUAUUUAAUAUAUAAUGUUAUUGUAUGGAAGUGAGGACUAACUACAUGUGUCUACUUUCUUCAUUUUGUGUGUUUAAAGAAUUUCUCUUUCUUUUACUGUU